UCUUUGCAGCUGCCCGUCGCAUCAGAUCAGAGCUGCUGUUCCUAAACGAGGAGGCUCCCAGCUCUCUGCCUGAAUCCGGGAAUCCUGAAGCAGCCAUGGCGUCAGGCCUGACCAGUAUCGUUGUGUUGGCUCUGUGUGUCACCCUGGUCCCUUGUGUAGCCGCUGGAAGCCGCGACUGCCAGUCCUACGUAGAUAUAAGCAACCAGUACCACUCAUCCCAGCACUGCAGGAAAGGAUUUUGCUGUGGUACCUGCUUAAACAGAUACUGCUGUUCGGAUAGUUUCUGGCGUUUACCUGAGGACCAACAAGAGGAAUGUCAGGAAUUCCAUCGUUCACCACUUCCAUUGGUCUUUGGCAUUGGUAGUGUUGUCACCGCUUUCAUCAUCUUCAUCUGCUGCUGUGUCUGUCCCUGCUGCUGCCUCUACAAGAUGUGCCGCAAGCCAAGACCUGUGAUAGCAACCACUACCCACACCACCGUGGUCACCACCCCUGCUCAGCAAUACCCCCAGCAGGCAGUUGCCACACCCGCACAGCCUCAGUCCUACCAGGGGGCCCAUUAUCCACCCUACCAGCCUGUACCAGUGCAGCCGGGUUACGGAGCCCAGCCCAUGCCAACACUGCCCUACCAUGGACAACAGUUCACUGCAGGACCACCACCAACAUAUCAGGAAGCCACCGGCCCUUGCUACCCUCCUAACCCGAUGCCUUACAGCCAGGCUGCAUUCACCCCCGGGCAGCCGGCGUACCCCCUGCAGCCUCCUGCCCAGGCACAGCCUGGAGCCUCACCCUCUCACACAGACUACCUAGCCCAGCCAGCGUACAACCCGGAUUAUGUUGCGCCUCCUUCGGCCAGUUCACUUCCUCAUUACACUACAUCACAGCAGCUACCUUUCCAGCUGUCUUGUCCGGUCUUGUGUGUGUGUUUUGUGUGUGACCCUGGUGCCAGCAGUAUGGGCUAUGAGAGACAAAGCAGCAUUGUCAUACUCCUCGGAAGCAUUUUAGGUUCUGUUUUUCCCAUCAUCCUCUGCGUGGCUCUCAUCAUCUGCUGUGUGGCUCCUUGCUGCUUGUUCUACAAGAAGUGUCGAAAAGGACGCAACCGAAGGCACCAAAGUGUGACAAACACCACAACUGUAGUCAACGUACCCAUGCAGCCACUCUCCCCCUCGGGGUAUCAGCCAGGCUACCAGCCUGUACCUGUCCAGCCCGGCUACGGAGGCCCACCCUUCCCUACAGCACCACCACCCUCGUACUUGGAAGCGACUGAUCCAGCUCGUUCUCCAGCGGCAUUCAGUUCGGGCCAGCCAAUGUACCCCCUCCCCGGCCAGCCUUAUGGGCCGCCACCACAUUUAGAUGAAUGUGAACAGCCGCCCUACAACCCCUCUUAUGGCCCAAACCCCUAAACCUGAUGGCUGCAUGUUUAAGAACUGUGCUUGCACCACUGCUCUGAUGGGAAUGUCGAAUGUGUGGAUUACAUUGUUGAAACCCCAUUUGAAGGAUGUCGAAUUUAAAUGACAUAUGUGUUGGGACAUCUAGAUUUUCUACAGUAGUGUAUUCAUAAAUUGAACUACUAAAACUCAGUUUUAUAUUGCUGGUGCUGUUUUUUAUGGAUAAACCUUUAUGAACAAUAGCUUCGAUAAUGGGCACUUGUUUAGCAGUAUCCAAAUUUAAAAUGUGACCAGUUUUAAAAGUGCUGAUUGUUGAAAAAUUCUGAAGAAAAAUACAAGAACCAAAACACACAUUACAGGUCAGGAGAGCACGAAAAAACGAUUAUAUGAAUAAAAAAACGACAACCACCGAAAGCAUGAGCACAACAAAUAAAGACAAUAUUGAGUCUGAGAAUUAUUUUUCUUUAUUUAAAACUAUUCAGAUUCAUUCACAUUCUCCCAGCAAAUAUUGCUUGUGCUCAUUUUUGGUUUAUGUUUUGAUAAUUAUAGAGUUCUCGGAUUUUGCUCCACCUUAAAAGAGUUGGAACAGUAGAAAAUACGAUGAACCCCCCAUUAAAAAUGUUUAUUUCUUAACAAACCCCAACUGCCACUAGAGGUCGCCUCUGCCGCACUUUUAUUUUGUGUAGAAAGGGGAAACAGUGGGGACCGCAUGCUGGUGCUACUCAGUAUUUUUUGAAAAAUAAAGAGUGCUUGCCUUUUGUGAAGCUACAGUGACACAGUACUAAAGUAUGUCACAUAGGUGUGUUAAGACUAACCACACUGUGGAACAUGCAUCUCCAGACACUAUGAGGUGCAAUUAUUUUGCUAGUUCGGCUCAAGAUUGGACAUGUAAUGCAAUGUUCUGCAGUUUUGUCUCUAGCAAUGCAUCAAGCCAAUGGAGACGGUUACUAGCUUGCUUCUUAAACCCUCUUACAGUGUUAUAAAAUCCAUAAUGUUGUAACUAAGUGCCAUUACCUACACUGAGUCCUCUUCCUGUGGGAUCAUGUGCAGUUAAAUAGCCAGAGUGGGUGUGCUUAUAUUUAAUCCCAUAAUAACCAGCACCGCUUCCCCUUAUAGCAUCCCGCACUGUCCAUUAAUCAAUACAGUAAUAGUGCUGACUGUGGCUAUCUCAGUCAUCAAUGUGACGGGGGGCUAUAACAGGAAAACUGACCCUGGUGCUACAUACUGCUCCCUGCUUGCCAUCUAAAAUAAGAUCCCUCCUUGAAGCGUGGCUCCGACUGCUAAUGAGCUCUUGCGUAGGGGGGCCAGUGUCAUGGACGCUGUGGCAGAUAAUCUUUGCAGCCAGCCAACAGUACUGUCCUCUUCCUCUCCAUCCCUUUCUUCUUCUCCUUUCCCUGCCUUCCAUCCAUCCCUCUGACCGUGCUUUGUUCUGUCUGAAGGCAUUCUUGCCUGGCCCACUGCCCGAGCCGCAAUUAAGAUGUUUUCAGCAUUUUCUCGACAUCCCACACCAUUCCUUUCUUCUUCUUCCUUUUCUUCUGCUCUGUGGAAUCCUUCUGGUAUUUAUAGCACAUGUCAAGGAGCGGGAGGUCACACUGUGGUACUGGAAAUCAAAAGUCAGCCUUUUGAUUAGGUUUUAGAUGGCUAUUCAGGACUCUGCGCUGAGCCAGGGAGCUGUGUGUGGGAGCAGCUGCUGCCAAGAGCACAAACUGCCCCAUGCAUGCUCUCGCUCAGCCAAGAUGCUCCAAGGAGAUACAUGUAUGCUGAACUCUCCCCUCCCACAUGCUUGGAAACACAAACAGACUUGACGGCAUUAUUUAUUUCUUGUUCUUUUUAAAUCUGUUCAAUCACCAAGCACAAGUGAUAAGAACAUUCCAGCAUUAUUUAUAUUUGGAUACUUUUACAUCUUUUCUGUUACUAAAGAUAAGUGUUAGCAAAUGUCCGGUUAUGGUUCAAAAUACAGAACCAAUUAUCAUUGUUAUUACCCAUGCCAGCUGUGUGGUUGUAGGGAUGGUUGGUCAAUAAUUUCGAUUAACAGAUAUCUGCAUAUGAAUGCAGAAUCUGGAGGCAAGGACAAGUGUAUAUGUACUGUAUAUGUGUUUUAAAGAUUAUACAAAAUGGCAAGUUGUUGUCGAAAGUCUAAUGCUAAUCAGACUGUCAACAAUGACUGGCGCACAGAAGAGGAAGUGUUGGUCUGGAUAUCCAUUAUCCAUUGUCCGGAAAUCUGCUGGCUACAUUGCAAGCCCUGAAACUUUGGCGGAGCUAAAUCAUUGGUGGACGACAGCAGAUGGGCUCUGAGACUGGUUGGUCAACUGGUCCAUACUGCAAUAUCUUAUCCACGCAUUCAAUUUCAUCAAAUAUUGGAUGGAUUGGCAUAAAAUCUUGUACAGGCAUUCUUGGUCCCCAGAGGACUUUGGUGCCACCUGCAGGUUGACACUUUCCUAUUGAAAUAAAAUGUCUUGACAGCU